AUGACAUUCAACAACCUGACACUAUACACCACCUCGGCGGUAUUGAUCCUGGACACCGAUGGAAACCGAGUCAUCGCCAAAUACUACCAGCCUCCGCAUGCUGCCAGCUUCCUCUCGACAGCCACUCCCGCACAGCAGAACGCAAUUACUUCCACAACACCGCAGCUCGCAGCCAAGAACCCAUUGGCGACAUUGAAGGAGCAGCGCGCCUUCGAGAAGGCCAUCUUUGAUAAGACAAAACGAGCGACGGGCGACAUUGUGCUCUACGACUCGCAUCUGAUCCUUUUCAAGGCUUCGCUCGAUGUCAUCUUCUACGUCGUCGGACCCGCAGCGGAGAACGAACUGAUGUUGUCGGGAGUGCUGAGCGCUUUCUACGAUGCGACGAGCAUGCUGGUGCGUCAUCAGGUGGAGAAGCGUGCCAUCUUGGAAAACUUGGAUCUGGUCACGCUCGCAUUGGACGAGACGGUGGACGACGGCAUCAUUCUCGAGACGGACAGCACUACCAUCGCAUCACGUGUGUCUCGACCCCGACCGGACGUCAACGAGAUCCAGAUCAACGAGCAAACAAUCAUGAGCGCAUACUCGAGCCUCAAGGAGCGAGUCGCACAGCGCAUCUUGCAGGGAGGUCUCUGA